AAUCCAACUUAUUCAAGCUCCAACGCACUUCUACUUCGGUUCUUUCGUAAAGGAACCCUGUAGACUCGAAUUUCCAGUCAGGGAAUGAUUCGGUCGCUAAUUCGUUCAUGCACAAAAAUUAGGUUAUAAUAUCAUCGAAAUUCUCUCCGACCACGACUCUGAUGUAGCUGUAACUAAUUACCAUGUUUAGUUUAUUUACUCGAUCAGAGAUUCUCUUUCUUGUUUUCAACGCCAUCUCGGUUUAUCAAGCAGCAAGUGAAGCUUACAUGGAUGGCUCCAAAGCCUUGAAGCGAGAUGCAGGGGAAGGUGUGGCUUACGCUAACUUUGCAGCACACAAGUUUCGUUACCUGAACGUAACCCCUUUGGAUUCAACUACAGUGAAAGAGCCUCCAGAGUGCAGUUUUCUUUGUGUCAAUCACUCGUCGUGUUUUUCAACAAAUCUGGCGGCAUUUCGUGACCAAGAAGGAAAGAUUAAAUGUGAACUGUUACAAAGUGAUAAGUACAACAAUUCCAACAAGUUUCUUGAGAGCGUAGCGUACCAUCACCUCAGCAUAAAGGUCAGAAAAGCAGCGUCUAUAAAUAUCACCCCCGAUUUAGAAAGAGUUUUUUUUGUUCUUCAACAGAGUCCUUGUUCCAGUGGUCCUUGUAUGAACCAAGCAACCUGUGUGGCCAAAUACGAAAACAACGACUACCAGUGCACAUGUGCUUUAGGAUAUGCUGGGAAGUAUUGUGAAAUAGGUAGUUUACAAUAACUGUCAAAUUUAUGACACGCUCAUUGGUCAUUUUAAAUUUUUAUAUGACUUAAUCGUUAAAUUUCCGUCUGCAAGCCAGGCUAUUGGAAAGCGAGACAUGUUAAAGUUUCUGUUUUAUUUAAUUUUGCUGCGCUCAGUGGCUGUGUCCAAAGUACUUUACGUGACGUUAAUAAUAGCAGAUUUGCACUUUGUCAUCAUUUGACUACUACUACCAGAAUUCCUUU